AUGGGCUUUGGCAUGAUAAUUCGUAACUCUCAUGGUCAGAUGUUGGCGUCGGCGUCGUCGGAAUGGCCGGCAGCGGCUUCUUCUUCUCUUGCGGAGGCCAUGGCGCUGCGGUGGAGCCUUCAUCUUGCUCAUGAUCUUGGGUUUGAGAAGAUUGAGGUCGAGACAGAUAGUUUGGUAGUUUUUCAGGCUCGGAAGAGAAUGGCUCCUUCCUACUCUUAUUUAGCUGUACUGAUUUCUGAGUGUUAUGUCGUUUCCCGUUUAUUUCGCAAUUUUAAUUUGGACCAUGUACGUCGAACGAGCAACCAGGCUGCAGACUUUUUAGCCAUGUUCGCUCUUUCACAUUAUUGCUUUGUAGGGAUUGAAGAAUGUUCGUUCGAUUUGAACGACAUUCUUUCGUCCGAUCUAGUAGUUGAUUAA